AUGACUCAUCUGCCAUCACUCAGUGUCUCACUCGGGUCUCGCGUCUUUUGCGUCACAGGGGGCGCCUCCGGCAUGGGCGCUGCCACCGUUUGCCUCCUCGCCCAUCAUGGCGCGGGCGCAAUCUGGAUAGCAGACGUUAACCGUGAAGCCCUGUCCAAGAUUAAGGCCGAGGUCACCGAGAUCAACCCAAUCACCCAAAUCUACACCAACGUCGUUGAUGUUUCGGACCCGAAGCAGGUCGAUGACUGGAUCGCUACCAUCAAAGUCAAGUCCGGCGCCCUCCACGGCGCUGCCAACGUUGCAGGUGUGAGCCAACCUGCGUUUUCAUCCACCCAUCCGGCAAUCCUCGAGCAGACGAACGAAGAUUGGGAUCGCGUCUUGGGAGUUAAUUUCAACGGAAUCAUGUACUGUACUCGUGCCCAAGUUCGCGUCAUGGCGGAAAUGCCCAAGGGGAGCCACCUGGCCAUUGUCAAUGUGUCGAGCAUGGCGUCGUUGAUCCGAGGACCCAGUGCUUUUGCAUAUGGGGCUUCCAAAGUCGCGUGUGCGCAUUUCACAGCUUGUGUUGCCAAGGAUGUAUAUCCUCUGGGCAUUCGUGCCAAUGCUGUUUCUCCCGGAAACACAUUCACGGCCAUAACGAGUGAGUUUUUCGGUCAUAUGUCGAAAGAGGAAACCGAGAAGCAGCUCGGCAAGGCAGGCAUCAACACCAAAUUGUUGGAUCCAGCGGAUGUAGCGCGAAGCAUUGCGUGGUUAUUGAGCGAGGCGGCGCUGGAUGUAAAUGGCGUCAACCUCCCUGUCGGGGAGGGAGCACCGUAA